AUGCGCUUAGCACUUCUUUUUGGCCUGAUUGGCAGCGCAAAGGCUUCUGGUGACUAUUUUGAGCCUUUUCCUACUUGCGCUGAUUGUCUACCCGCCAGUGUUCACGAUGCGCCUGGAUUGGAUUCAGUCUCUCGUUAUCUUCCGGCCAAUUCUCCUCCGCCUCCACCACCAUCCAGAUGGGAGAAGUUGCGACGAUCUUUCAACAAAAAGAUCGGAAGGUCAGCAACGCCCGAUGUCGGCAUUAUCGCCACCAUACUUGUCUCGCUACGCGACGUGACUUCUAUCGCAGUCACGAGUCCGUUGGAUAGAGUGGCUGUGUCGCACUUCCGGAUUCAAGGCUUGGCAGAACCAGACCUCUGGGACGCGCUCGAAUAUGCGCAUAUUCGACCGUGGGUGGCCGCUGGUCUGCCCCGUCCAAAAGUUGUACUUCCUUUGCCCGCUGCCGGCGGAUACCCAAGCCAGCUUCUCGAGUCAUAUGCUGUUUUCGCGGGGCAUAGGAAGGGUUUGUGUAAACACUACAAAAGCUUCUGGCAAUGUGCGGAGGAGCAGGGCAAUGUUCCCUUGGAGACAACCCUAGUCGUGGGAAUCACUCCUACCGAUUUACGUGGAGAGAUUAUCAGGACUCGGUCUGCAUUUACGGAUCUCCAGCCCAGACACGGUGACCGGGCGUUUGUAGACCUUGAACUAGGUCUAGCUACCUCGGAGGACAAACCCGACUUCUGGGCUCGCGUGACCGACAGGCUGCAGGGUUUCUGCGGCACAGUUCCCGAAGGAUUCCGCCUCGACACAAUAUUGCUGACAGGAGAGAACGCGACACACCCGGCUUUUCUUCAAGCCUUACGAAGCGCGCUCGUAGGUAACGGGUACCUGCAGAGAGAAAGCGAUAGCGGGGGAAAAGUAUCAUUCGUUCAUGAGGGGGGAGCAGUAAUUGAUCCUGUCUUUGCUAGUGCUAGAGGGGCAGCUCAAUAUGCAAGGUGGAGGCAGGAGGCGCCAAUCGGGUGUGAAGAACAGGACAGGUGCGAGGAAAAGAGGAGGAGACAAGGCAAGCAUGUUGAGUUGAGGGGCUGUCUUCAUGAAGAGCUGUUCGCCACCGAGGACCAAUGCAAGACCUACUGCACUGCAAAUGGCUGCACCAAGACGAAGAACAAGGAUGGAGAGGAGCGAUUCGAAUGCGACUACGGAGAGCGGAAGAAGGGCGAUUGCAGCGCUGGCAUAUAUAGCGGCCUGUGGCAAUGCGAGAACAGGUGUGAUGGUGGUAAGUGCGAGCGAGAAUUGGGCACGGGAGACUUCAACUGCACUGGCUGCGCCAAGGAAGAGUCAAAGUGCGAGGAUGGAGUGUAUGAUGACUUUGACAAAUGCUUUGACAAAUGCUUUGACAAUUGUCAUCAGGGCAUGUGUUCGGAGAGCGCGGGAGAGGAUGGUGUUACUUGUAAGUGUUGA